AUGCCCGUGCCGUAUCCGGCAGUCUGGUUUCGCGAAGCUGGAGGCCACGAGCUGGAAGAUUUCAGUUUCAAAAGGGCGGUGAACAUGAUGGUUGCAAGUCUCAACUGGUUGUUCCUGCGCCGGCCUCCGGUAGCUCCUGCCUGCAUACGCCUUGGCACUAAGUUGUCAAAAAUGCAGUGGCGAGCUGUUCGUGAACUUGAGCGGCUGAGUUUUUCGUGGAAGUCAAAGACCGUGAGAGCAGUUGACAUGGGUCGUACGGCAUCCAAGAUCGAAGCACUAGAGCAAGCAGUCUUCUUCCUGACUGGUUUGAGCACUGAGUCUGAAAGUUCUGACCUGGUCUUCGAGAGUAGCUCUUCUUCCCACCCUGGACGAGGAUAUGGGAAAGCGCCGGCGUUCCGAGACCUUCGCGCUGGACUUCGGCAUGCCUUCGGAGGAGAUGUAGUUGGCCAGACGAGCGGGUCUGGACAGUUGAUGGCGGCAAAGGCAAUCGUCGCAGAUCGCCUCAAGUUUCGCGGAGCGCCGAGCUUCGACCCUACUCCGUACCUUGAUCGUACAGGAGAGGCCAUCUUCAACCGACCUCUGGAUAUGGCUAUGCCCCCUGGGACCGGCGGUGACCCGCCGAAAGUAAAAGUGCAUGCGAGCCGAGGGGAACGUGACCGACUCCUGCAUCUGCUUGACGCGAGCAACCGGUUAGGCUUUGUGGGCAACAGCGAAGUGCUGCAAGGCUACCAAGCUGGUCACCAAGGAUCUGAGCUCAGAUCGGUUGAUAUUCGAUUCACGGCUGCCGACUUCAGGGAAGAAACCCACGUCUACGCCAGCUUGGCUACGCUGGCUAUGGGUGACACAUGUGCUGUCGAAAUCGCACAAACGGCGCAUGUAGCCCUGUUAGUGCAGAGCGGACUGUUGCGCGAGGAGAAUUUGCUUGCGAUGAACCUUUGCUGCCCCCGACAACCUAGCAUGCUGGGCGUAGUCAUCGACGAUCUAGUGGCUCUGGAGAUUGUAGCCAAGCAAACAUUCGAGUCAGGCACCUCUCUUGAAGGCGGACGGACAAUCGAAUCGAUGGUUGAGCGUUACGUCGCAGCCGGGCUGACACCUCACGAGAAAAAGACCUUCAAGGAUCAGCUCCAUGGAGAGUUCUGGGGUGCCAGCGUGGAUGGAGAAGCAGGGCUCGUCAGAGCCAACCUCUGCCGCGCUUUGCCGAUCUUUGCUAUAACAGCUGCUGUAGUGAAGAUGGGAGUCACAAGCUUGGCAUUGUUGGAGAUUUUGGUAGGCUCCUGGACGUCAAUUUUCCUUUUCAGACGGAGACUUUUGAGUUUGUUUUCUGUGGUAUAUGAACCCCUGCAACGCGGUCUUCGACGAAAAGACGUAGUAAAGUUAAGCGAUGAGAUGCGGGAUGAGCUGCAGAUGAUCGUGAGCUUGGGCCCUCUUGCUGCCACAGACCUGCGAAGUGAGAAUUCACCGUUUGUCUAUUGUUCCGAUGCUUCAGAGUGGGGGAUCGGCAUCACGAAAACGAUGCUACCUGCAGGAUUGGAAGCCGAGGUCCAUCGGCAUCGGCUUCGAAAGCCGGUAUGGACCAAGCUCCUUACACCCCUGCGUCGCCUUCAGCGUCUAAAAGGCGUCCUACCCGCAGCUGAAGAGCUGCCUGGAAACCAGCAGCUGCCGGGACAUCCACUUUGGCUUGUUUUGGCGGGAGGGUUAAAGUACACAGAAGUCUAUCGCAAAAAGGUCUGCCGCGACACCCACAUCAACAUCCUGGAGCUCAGAGGGCUAGUCAAAACUGAGGAGAUCGCUGCUCGAGAAGGGUUCCGGCGGAGAGUUUUCUCUCUAGCAGACUCUCAGGUCGCUCUGGGAGCGUGGACGAAAGGACGGGCUGCCUCUCGCAGCCUCAAUGGAGAAUUACAGCAGAGCUUAGCCACGCAUUUGGGCUGCAACAUGCAAAGCAAUGCGGGCUACAUUCCUUCGGAGUUCAACAGUUCAGAUGGACCUAGCCGCAACUCAGAUGUCCCAGCUCCGUUCCUCGACAGGCCUUCUUGGUUCACUACGUUGCCGGACUUGAGCGACUUCGACACCUGGCUGCGGAGCUACGAGGCGGACCCCUACAGUGUUUCCGGGCUUCCGCCGCUGUCCGAGCUGUGGGCUGAAGCUGGGGACGAGGACCCAGGCAAGAAGCAAAACAGCCAGGGAGGAGGACCCAAGAACCCCAGCAAGAAGCAAAACAGCCAGGGAGGAGGACCCAAGAACCCCAGCAAGAAGCAAAACAGCCAGGGAGGAGGACCCAAGAACCCCAGCAAGAAGCGAAACAGCCAGGACCUGGCAACCAUCGCCACCCGGUUUGGGCACCCCAAACCGGGGCAGGCCACGCACCCACUGGGCCACAUGCAUUCACUGGGCCACCGUCCGGGCUCCCCUAGUCUUGGCAAUCAACAGGUAGCUUCGACAGCCAUGGCAAUGCUUGCGAACUUCAGUCCAGAACAGUUCGUCUGGAACCCGCAACUGGGCUCACUUCCUGACGUCCUUCAGCAGUAUCCUGGUUUCCUGGACCUGUACUCUGGGAAGCGCGGGAUCCCUUGCGCGAUGGCGCAAAGUGGUCCUUGCUGGGUUCUCUGCUUUGACAACAGGUACGACCCCGCUCAGGACCUGCUGCAACCUGCGCUUCAGGAACAAAUUCUUUUUCUUUUGGAGUCGGGUGUGUUCAGGGGCUUCGGUGCUGGUAUGGUGUGUGGCAGUUUCUCUCGUGCUAUAAGACCGUCAUGGCGGAAUGCGGAGCAUCCAGAAGGAAAGCCUAAUCUGGGAGCCGAAGCGCAGAGGCGGGUUGCAGCUGGAAACCAGCAUUCCCUUUUUCUUGGAAGAAUUCUGGCUGUGGCAACUAGGCUUCGGCUUUGCUACUGGAUAGAAGGUCCGUACGACAGUUUUCUUUGGCGGAUGCCGGACCUCGCCAUCUACCAACCUUCUGAUCCGGCCAAUUGUUUUCGACUAGACUAUUGCAGACUACGGACACCCUGGAGGAAGCGUACCCGUUUCUUUACGAAUCUGCAUCUCGCAGGUUUCAGCUUGUUCUGCAACCGCGACCACCAGCAUAAGGUGCUCACUGGCUAUUCUAAGUCUUCGAGGUGCUGCUGGACUCUGGCAGCUCAAGAGUACCCCAGAAGGCUGUGCUGGUGGGUCGCUCAAGCGAUGCUUAUCGAUUCUCGCUGUGUGCAGCGUCGCCCCUUUUCUGCGGCUAGCCUUGCGCGGCAGAGCCACGGGCGGAUUGGCGAGGCCAAAAAUCCUGGGCCUGCCCGCGGACGAGACUUGAGCUACCGCAGUGGGAUGUCGCUGGACGAAGUGCUUCUAGUCGAACCCGCUACAGCUCAGCUAGGACAGCGAGUCCAUACAGCUUUCUUGGAGUGGGUUUCGGGGCGAUUGUCUGGUGAUGCAGCCCAGGCACUCUUACAGUGUCCAGAGACGCUGGCAGAGUUGGUUCGCCUGUUUGGAGUUCACAUGUUCGACACUUUGCAGUCGCUGUACAUGUUCAAGCAGCUGAUCACAUAUUUGCAACGGGAGCGGCCAAGUUUGCGUGCGCACUUCGGGCGAGCUUGGCAAACUGUCAGUCGCUGGGAGCUUUGCGAGCCGGCGGUUCAUCGCACGCCCCUUCCAUUCGGCAUCUUUCAAGCAAUGAUCGCCUUGAGUUUGGCCUGGAACUGGCGGCGCUGGGCGGCCUGUACCGCCCUGGCGUUUUUCGGAAUGUGCAGGCCUGGUGAGGCCUUGAAGGCAUCCCGUGAGGAUGUUCUUCUUCCUAUAGACCUGCUUGGCGAGUGCAUUGACAGUGUCUUCCUGACCAUUCGCUCGCCGAAAACCCGGCGGCGCGGCGGUGGGCGCGUGCAGCAUGCUAAGGUCCAAGACCCUGACGGUGUUCGGCUGUGCCAAGCUGUUUUUGGUUCUUUGCCGAUGCGCCAGCCGUUGUACCCUGGCAGCCCCGCUUCCUACCGCCGGCGGUGGGAUGCCUUGCUUCGUGUCCUGAAAAUCCCAGCUCGUGUACAUCUGACUCCGGCGUCUUUGAGGGCUGGCGGUGUGGUGCGUGAGUACCGGCGAGCUGUUGACAUCUCCAACCUUCUGUGGCGUAUGCGACUUCGCAGUGUCAGCACGCUGGAGCGCUAUCUGCAAGAGGUGGGUGCCGACAGUGUCUACGUGCAGCUCAGCCCCGAAGCGCGGCAGUCCGUGAGAGCUGCCAGUGCCUUGUACGAGCCUACUUUGCGCAGUCUUUGA